AUGCCCGUCAUUCGUCGCACCAACCUCCUUGCCAUCUUGGCCUUCUGCGCCAUCUUCGCUUUCUUUCACGUCUCGCACCUCUCUGUGAGAGAGCCCCCAAGCCCUACACCUCUGCGCACAUACGCCGACCGCGACCUUCAGAGGCCAAUCCGGUGGAAGGAUGUCCCAGAGUCGUAUCCGGUCUCGACUUUCACUCCGCUGCCGGCAGCCAGGCCAACAACGAUUCCCAGAAUACAAUUCGACGGUUUUACAAAGGAACCGGAAGAUGUCAGAGCUGAGAGGGAACGGCGACUGCAGGCAGUCAAGGAGAGCUUCGUGCACUCGUGGGAAGGAUAUAAAAAGCAUGCAUGGCUUCAGGAUGAGAUCACGCCGCUUUCUGGCGGCUGGAAAAACCCCUUCGGUGGAUGGGGUGCCUCGCUGGUCGACACUCUGGACACCCUCUGGAUCAUGGGUCUUCAUGAAGAAUUUGAAAUGGCUGUGAAUGCCUUGAAAAAGGUCGACUUCAGCACUUCGGACCUUGGAUCACUUAAUGUAUUCGAAACCACCAUCCGCUACCUUGGUGGACUUAUGUCUGCCUAUGACCUUAGCGGCGGCAAGUACUCCACUCUGCUGACCAAGGCCACCGAGCUUGGUGAGAUGCUUUACCGCGCGUUCGACACUCCGAACCGAAUGCCCGUUAGCCGUUGGGAGUGGAGGGCCAAGGGCAUCAAUCGAGUGGACCAGUCUGCUUCCAGCUCCGCCGUGUCUGCUGAGGUCGGCUCUCUCAGCCUGGAAUUCACCAGGCUUUCCCAGCUUACUGGUGAUCCCAAAUUCUUCGACGCCAUCCAGCGCAUCACGGAUGAAUUUGAGAGGCAGCAGAACAUGACCAAAAUUCCCGGUCUUUGGCCUCUUGCAGUCAACCCGAGAAAGAAGGCCUUUGCCGACGAUCACACAUUCACCCUUGGCGCAAUGGCCGAUUCUUUGUACGAAUACUUCCCCAAGCAGUGGAUGCUCCUUGGAGGCAUCAUGGACCAGUACCGCACCAUGUACGAGAACGCCAUUGAAGCCGCCAAGGAAUACCUAUUUUUCCGGGUUCUAAACCGCGAUAACCUGGACAUCCUCCUAUCCGGGACCGCCAGGGUUACAGCAAAGGGCAAGGUCAAGCUCGAUCCAGAAGGCCAGCAUCUGGCCUGCUUCACUGGUGGCAUGGUCGGCAUCGCUGCUAAAAUCUUUGAUCGUCCUGAUGAACUCCACACGGCCCGCCAGCUCACGGACGGCUGCAUCUGGGCAUAUGAGAGUAUGCCCACUGGAAUCAUGCCCGAGAUCUUCAAUGCCGUUGCCUGCACCGAAGAAGAUGACGAGUGCUUGUGGGAUGAAGGACGAUGGCUCGACGCGGUUGCCUCACAGAACAGCAAAUCAGACCGCGAAGUGGCCGAGAAGUAUACUCAGCGGUACAGUGUUGCGCCUGGGAUGACCAAACUCGUCGACAGACGCUACCUUCUGCGGCCGGAGGCCAUCGAGAGUGUCUUCCUGAUGUACAGGAUCACAGGCGACAAACACUUCCAGGAGAAGGCGUGGAAUAUGUUCCAAGCGGUUGAGAAGUACACGCGUACGGAGUUGGGUAAUGCGGCCAUCAAUGACGUAGGAGCGCCGGAUAAUGUCAAGAUGGUGGACAGUUGCGAGAGCUUCUGGAUGGCAGAGACGCUCAAGUAUUACUAUCUGACGUUCAGUGACCCAGAGUUGAUAAGCCUCGACGAGUGGGUAUUCAACACGGAGGCGCACCCGUUGAGGCGUCCCCGGUAA